UUCAUAUCCAACAGUUGGGAGCUAGCGAAGCAAAUUAUUAUAUCAAUAUAAUGAUGGACUGUUAUAUUGCAACUACACAUCAUUAGUGUGUGUACUUUACGGAUUCAGGGAAUAGUAGAUAUGAAAUAAGUGGGGGAAAACCUUCAAAUAAUGAGAAUAUUGCUAACUAAAAAUAGUUUAUGUAAGGAAAAAAAGUAAAAUUUAUUAAGAUUAUACAGAUAGUUGAUAUUUCACUGCAAUUUUGGUUGAAUGUAUAUUUAAAGAAAAAAAUUUUUUCCCACCGCACGUGUAGACUUUUCUUACUUUGUAGUGUUCACCCUUUUGGGUCUAAGUAUCUAAUGAAGAUUUUGAGUUUGUGUUGAUGGGCCACACAUAAUGUAUAAACUCUCUUCUUUGUCCUCAAGAGCCUAAAAUAAAGGACAAGCUUGUCUUGAAUUCUCACAUAUUUUGCCCCUCAUUUAAAAGUUAACAGGUGCUAUUAAAAUCUCCCACAGGGCAGAAAUCUCAAUUGCACAAUAGACUUGGAAACCAGGUUUCAUCAAAGGGAGCCCAGAGGCAGGGUGGCCUUGGAGGCUAGCACUCAGUGUGGACAGCUAGAGAGCAAGAGGAGGCUGCCUUGACGGCCAGAAAGAGCGAUAGAAGGAACUCCGAGGAGUGACUGCCCGCACCCUCUAGAGCACUUGGACCCCUCCUUCACCGCUCUGAGAAAGGUCUUCUGCUUGGACUUUCCCAGGGGUGGGGAACACAUUGUCUCCCAGAGCAGUCUGUUCCAUUGGACAACUCCUUCUGAUAAAGGCUCUUCCUUAUGUCUAGCCACAGGCCUGCCUCCCUCUACUUCCUAGCUCCUGACCCUCUUUCUGACUCAUCUUUGAGGUCCCACAGGACAAGUGUUACCCAUAGGACAGCUUUUGGAAGCAGUUUUUAUACCUCCCAAGUUGCUAGUUCUCCAGGUUGAACUUUCUCAUUGCUUCUAGUCGUUCCUCAUUUACGUGUUUUCCACUCCCUCCUCCUGUUGGUGGUGAGCCCUCACUAUACCACAGUUUAGCAUUGUUUAUAGUGUACUGCCUGGAACAGAAUAUCGUGCGUGGCAAAAACAGUGCUGUCGACUACCGGGGGUUCUCUCUCAUCCUAGUGCAACUUAGAAUUAGCUUAUUUGGCAUCUGUUAUUAAAUCGUUGACUUCUGUUGAGCUGAUCAUCAGCUAAAACCCGUAAAUAGUGUUCAUUUUUUCUUUUCAGCAUGCAUGCCGUGGCCAAGCCACAUCUCCCACGUCCUGUGGUUGUUUCUCAGACUUCAGAUCUAUAGAUUUCAGCUUCUUUUUUUGAGCAGUUUCUUACCAAUAUUGUGCUGUGGGUAACUUCAGUUUUUAUAUACAACAUAAAGACACCUCUUUGCAGUAUUUGAAAUAAAUUGAGCAUCUGUGCCAAGUAAUCAAUAGAGUAGUUUCCUGGUUGUUGGGGAGGAGUAGGGGGAUUUGUCAGUCCCCGUAUUCUGUCCCUUCUCCCUCAGUAAUAUGCAUGAGUCACCUGGAUGGCUCUAUUCCUCAGACACUUGGUAUGUUGGAAAAGAAAUUCUCUUCUGUUUGCAUAAAUAAUUAGUUGAUUUUUGGAAUACUGGAGCUAGAGAGAAGCUGACAGAUCUUUCAGUUCAGUGCCCUCUACCCCUUUCUGCACAUUUGGGAUAAAAGAAUUGUUCCAAGUUAGUAAGGAAACUGGCGAGAGAGGCAGGCUUAGAACCCAGGCCUUCCGCCAUACGUAGAACCUGACCUAUUAGCUCUUGCCUAAAUAGCAGCUUUCAACUGUCAUGUUAAGAUAUUUUACAGAUUUUCUCCCCCUGAUCCUCUUAUGAGUUUAAUUGCCCUAGAACUAGAAGACUUCUUUGAAUCCCUCUGGCUUGUGAGUAAAUGAUGCCCUCUUAGGUAUUUAACAAAGUCGCCCUAGUGGUGAAGCUGGGCAGGAUCCUCUGGGAGACUUCCACAGCCCUUACUGGCUUUCUGCCAGGUGCUUUCCCUGUGGGGUUAUGUGGGUCCUCUCUCCAUUACACUUGGGAGAAAAUGAGAUCACCCUGGAUCUCCUAGGUGCCAGAGUAGGGCCAGUUUCCAAAGAGUCCCCUGGGACUUGACCUGUGGGAACACUCAGCACAGAGCUGUCCUCUGGCAGCUAGUGUUGGGGGCUAGGCAAGAUGGUAUCGUGAUGCCCGUCAUUCCUGUCUCCUUACCAGGUAUCUGAGACAGCACGUCAGGCUCCGGGGCUUAGGCUGGGGAAGAGCCCACUCACAGGGAGGCAGGUAUGCCAGUCUGCCAGUGUCAGAAGGAUUUUUAUUUGUAAUCUUCAAUGUACGUGUACCUUCCUUUCCUCACUCGAUUGCAGAUUCUUGGAGGGCAGGAAGUUGGCUUCCUUUCAUUGUAAUAUUCCCUCAUUGCCAGUGGCAGUGCAUUCAGUAGAUGUUUCCAGGUUCGGGCAGGGCAGCACAAUAUACGUUUCCUGCUUUGCUGCUACCUGGCUGUAGCAGACAGGUUCCUUCAUCGUUCUGGGAUUGAUUCUGCAUCUGUCAAAUGCAUAGUUUGUGGAGCGACCUCUGAGGGCUCUUUUAGUGUAGCGCCUAGGAUUCUGGAGGCUUCCAGAACUGCCCAAAUGUAUCCUUCUGGUGUAGCUCAGAGGAGUCGUUGUUCUUCUCUUUUCUGUGGUAGCAUUACUGAGAAAAUCCACUCUGGGGACAAUACCCUCGCCAUCUUUCCCCAACACACAACACAAAGGGUUUUUUCUUUCACCAUCUUUAAAACGUUGGCAAAUCCGUAACAAUAAAAACAAGGGGAGUUGUGGAGGGGAGGUCUUGAGAUGAGGGCCAAUGGAGAGCCCUCUCAUGCUCCUGCUCUUCCUCUGAGCUGCUUGCCUUUCAGGCUGGUUGCAAGAAAAGGGGAUGGGGGUCGCUGGUGACCUCCAAAAAGUACAGGCCGGGCCAGAGGGCAUGGUGGAGAGGGAGAGGAAGUCAGCUGUGGCUCUGGAACCUGGUGGGGAAUCUGAGCAGGCUUGGAUGAUUUGGAGGGGGUUCCUUGAAUGCAACAGAGUCCUUUUUCUAAUGCACGCAGAAGAAAAAUAAGAUGCAGUGAGGGAUAUUCAGGUUCCCAUCCUCUGAGAGCUUGCUCCUGGGGAAGAUGGGCAGAGAUACCAUAUAACUGUUGUUCAAGGUUCAAAGAAAUUAGCUCAAAGGAGGGGAUAGUUACUCCCAACCUAAGGAACGGGGAAGGCUUCCUGAAAGCACCUGUCUGCAUCUUACCCACCCAUCCCGGGCAGUGCCUCACCUUUGCUCUGUCCAGGUAUGCGGUGGCAAAUUUAGAAAUUUAUGAGUGGGGCACUAACUGGAAAGGUUGGGAGACAGAAGCUGAGUGAGCUCAGCCCGCCCAUGUGUACUUUGCACUUUUUCCAUUUCCCUUGGUAUCAGGCACUGUCACUGUACUUAAUUCAUAGUGCAGCUGUCACUGAGCUGUUGUGACCAUGGCUGCUCCUGCCCCAGAGCCCACCACAGGCUUGGAGCUAAAGGCCCCGGCCUCUGGAGGUCUUAGCGCUGACCCUGUCCCUCCAGCUACCAUGUCCACGCAGAGACUUCGGAACGAGGAUUACAAUGACUACAGCUCCACGGACGUGAGCCCAGAGGAGAGCCCAUCCGAAGGCCUAAACAACUUCUCUUCCCCUGGCUCUUACCAGCGGUUUGGGGAAAGCAACAGCACAACAUGGUUCCAGACUUUGGUCCACUUGCUAAAAGGCAACAUUGGCACUGGCCUCCUGGGGCUGCCUCUGGCAGUGAAGAAUGCAGGCAUCUUGAUGGGUCCCCUCAGCCUGCUGGUGAUAGGCAUCGUGGCUGUGCACUGCAUGGGUAUCCUGGUGAAAUGUGCUCACCACUUCUGCCGCAGACUGAACAAGCCCUUUGUGGACUAUGGGGACACAGUGAUGUACGGACUGGAAUCCAGCCCCAGCUCCUGGCUCCGGAACCACGCGCACUGGGGAAGGCACCUGGUGGACUUCUUCCUGAUUGUCACGCAGCUGGGGUUCUGCUGUGUCUACUUUGUCUUUCUGGCUGACAACUUUAAACAGGUGAUCGAAGCGGCCAAUGGGACCACCAACAACUGCCACAACAAUGAGACUGUGAUUCUGACGCCCACCAUGGACUCCCGACUCUACAUGCUCACCUUCCUGCCCUUCCUGGUGCUGCUGGUUUUUGUCAGGAACCUCCGAGCCCUGUCCAUCUUCUCUCUGUUGGCCAACAUCACCAUGCUGGUUAGCCUGGUUAUGCUCUACCAGUUCAUUGUCCAGAAUAUCCCAGACCCCAGCCGCCUCCCCUUGGUGGCUCCCUGGAAGACCUACCCUCUGUUCUUUGGCACGGCCAUUUUUGCGUUUGAAGGCAUUGGGAUGGUUCUGCCCCUUGAAAACAAAAUGAAGGAUCCUCAGAAAUUUCCGGUCAUCCUGUACAUGGGAAUGGCCAUCAUCACCGCCCUGUACAUCAGUCUGGGGUGCCUGGGGUACCUGCAGUUUGGAGCUAACAUCCAAGGCAGCAUAACCCUCAACCUGCCCAAUUGUUGGCUGUACCAGUCGGUCAAGCUGCUCUACUCCAUUGGCAUCUUCUUCACCUACGCCCUCCAGUUCUACGUCCCGGCCGAGAUCAUCAUCCCCUUCUUCGUGUCCCGCGUGCCCGAGCACUGCGAGCUGGUGGUAGACCUGUUCGUGCGCACUGUGCUGGUCUGCCUGACGUGCGUCUUGGCCAUCCUCAUCCCCCGCCUGGACCUGGUCAUCUCCCUGGUGGGGUCCGUGAGCAGCAGCGCCCUGGCCCUCAUCAUCCCGCCCCUCCUGGAGAUCACCACCUACUACUCGGAGGGCAUGAGCCCCAUCACCAUCGCCAAGGACGCCCUGAUCAGCAUCCUGGGCUUCGUGGGCUUUGUGGUGGGGACGUAUGAGGCCCUCUACGAGCUGAUCCAGCCAAGCAGUGCUCCUGUCUUCAUCAACUCCACCAGUGCCUUUGUAUAGCGAUCUGCCCGCCCCGCCCCUGUGUGUUCCCCAGCCCCUGGCCCCAGAGCCUCAGCUAGGGUCCGGGCUCUGGGGAAAGGCGAGGUUGCUGUCCAGGAGCCCCUCUACCCGGCAGCUGGGUGCCCUGGGCCAGGUAGGGCUGAGGGCACAGGAGAGAGUGGGUAGCAGAUAUGCAGAGGCCCCUCUUAGUGGCAGGGCCACCCCUGUUCAUUUGUACUUACAUUAACCCAGAACUUUGCAACUCUUUUCCCUCAUCCUGUCUCCUCCCUUACCUGCCUCCCUCCUUCUGACCCACCUCACCCAAUUAUUCCUGUUGCACAGCUCACUUUAUUUAAAAAUCUUAGCAUCCCCCACCUCCUGUUUUCUCCUUUCCAGGCCCAGGCCUGGAUUAAAUGAGUGGGAAGGCUGGGCCUCUCUCUUUCUCAUACCUCUCCCAGAUAUUUUACCUCAGUUUCCUCCAACCUGUUCAAGUCUCCAGGAGGUGCCUGGACCUACCUAGUAGUUAAAAACCAGCCUUCCAGAGCUGGAGCUUUUAAUCUUUACUCUCUCUGCCUGUGACCCUUGGCAACACCUCCUCCAAAUUCCUCGUGUGGGUCACAGUGUUGUAUUCUUAGAUGCUUUAGCUUCUGAAAGAUAUCAAGUCCUGCCUAAAUUGAAAAUAUUUAUAUUUUAUUUAAAAUUAGCUUCUGUUUUUAGAUUGUCUCUAGAUCUGGGGUUAUUGUGGAUUGUUUCUUCCUCAGUAAGCUUUUACUAGGUUUCUCCUGCUGAAAAGAAACUUGCUCUAGGAAAUGUGUGCUUAGGUCCUCAGCACCCUUGUCUGAGUACCCCAGAGGUUUUAAUCAGGAUCAUUUUCACGUGUACCUCUGUGGGGAGGUAUGGACUUUGCCUCCCACUGACCAGCCUGGUUUCAUAUUGAGAAGACACGCAGGACUCAGGAUAUGUUUGCCAGUGCACUGGGCCGAGGAAGGAUGGCCGAGUGGGAUGUGCUGCUUUCCGCAGGAGGCUUAUAAAAUGGUCGCGUCGUGCGCUGAGGCCCCCGACAGGCACAUGGCACGCUAGUGUUCAGUUGCCAGCACGUCGGGAGGACACCCACACUUCGCCGUGGAUGAGAAGACGGGGCCAGUGAGCACAGAGCGUGAAGUUCAGUUCACAGAAUUAAGAAGCAGCUGGUCUGACACUACACGUGGUGCUUGGUUGUUUACAAUCAACGGGGGACAGGCCGGAAGCAGCUCCCCACCCCGGGCUGCCUCCACGACCUGGACUUCUUCUAAAGGGAACCACUCGGUAGGGACUUCGGUCCCCUAUGUUUUAAACACUAAUCGUGACCCCGUCCCUCCCCCCGCAUGCCUCCCUGAGUGUCAGAAAUAGCCUCCGUGUUGGCUCACCUCAAGGCCAGCCUUCAGAUUUGGGAACAAACUGUGGAGAAAGCAGAGAAAGGUUCGUGGCCUUGCUUUUGGCUGCCUUUUUUCCCGCCUGUUGGUGUGAGAAGUAUUUCAGAAGGCAUUCAUUAAGUCUCCAUUCCCUGAGCUCUGUGUGUGUGUGUGUGUGUGUGUGUGUGUGUGUGUGUUCAUGUGUGUGCAAUAGGGUCCUGCUGUCCUCCUCUCCUGUCACCAGGCCGUUUCUGACCUGGAGACACAGUUCACCCUGAAAGUUGGAGAGCAGCGUAGCUUCAUCAGGGUCCUGUUUGUUUGUGUUUCCCCAAAGCUUGUAAGGGCUCUGACCACCCCCGUCCCCGCCCCCAGCCUGGCUUUUUCUUUCUCUUCUGUUCCAAAGCCAAAUUCUCAUUGCAAUGACUCCCAGCCUACUAAUAAUUUAUGAACUUAGGGAGAUGGGAUCACUUGUGACUUGGUCUCCAUUAGGAGAAUGACGGUUUUCACCCACCCUUUCUGUGGUCACCAGUAGGUGCUUAUGGGACUCAGAUUCUAGCUGAAGGGGGCAGCGGCCCUGCCCUGUGAAACCUCAGGCGCAGAAGGUACCAAAGAGCGUUCAAGAGUUGCGCUCAUCUGUUUGCAAGCCCUGGGCUCCAGCCGUCUUUCCACGGCAGUCCUGAGAGUUGUUUUCAGUGAGAAGGCACAGGCCAGAAGAAGGGAAGCAGAUCUGUGUCCUGCCCACAGCCUCUGUGCUGGAGGCCUCUGUAACUCAGGGAGCUGCUAGAGGCCAUCCUGUCCGGUGGGUAGCAAGACUUGACCUGAGGACUGGGUGGCACAAAACAGUGGUCCUCUGGUCCCAGGUCUUAGCAAAAUGCAGACUACUGUUUCAGGGUCCCUGGCCUAGAAAACGUGUGUGGGAGAGACGGCACCACUAGCUUUGGGGCUUCUGGAAGCUAAUUUGGCACAGCCUUGUCCCCAUUUGAUCUUUUUCCUGUGCUCCUGCUGCUUCAGAAGAGCCAGGCAAGGGGGGCCCUGUCCAUGGGCCUUUCCGGUUGUGAGGUUGUCAAGUAAAGGGUCAGCCAGAAGAUGGAGGGUAGGGGGAAGCAGCCCUCUGGGCCAGCUCAGGAUAGCUUGCUCUUCUGCCCACAAGGCUUCUGCAGUCAGGGGUCCUUCCCUGGUUUCUGUCCAUGCCUCAUCAGGAACCAGCUGCCCAGCCUCUCCCUGUGCCCUGCUCUGGCCCCUGGUGAAGCAGGCCCAGCAUACACAGAAGUCUGAUUAGGGGCAACGAGGCUCUCGAGUGUGAGGCUGCAUCUGCCGGGCCAAACGCAAACCGUGGGAUUCUCGGGCCGAUACUGUUAGGCUCUGUGCCCCUCCCCCAGCCACCCCAAGUGCAGCCUCAGAUUUCCAGUAGCCCCGAGGUGGCUUCUCAGAGCCCCUUGUUUUGUUUUUGUUUUUGCUUUUGUUUGCAAACGCUGCUCUUAGGAGGUUUCCACCUCUCUGUCAGCAGCGUACCUCCCCUCAAAUGGCUGGGAAGAGCAUGAUCUGUCAUCUUGUGUGUAGUUUUCUGGAAGUUGUCACCAUUCACAAGUGUCAUUAUUUGUAUAUUGUGCUGCUGUCUGGCUGCUAGGAGCCCUUCGUCUGCACAAACCCGGGCCAGAUGCGUAUGAAUGUGUGGCGUAUCUUAGCUCAGAACCUGCAGCUUCCGCCCUCCCUCUCUGCCACUCACCUCUCUGGCCAGAUUCAUUGGCUGGUGCUCACUGCUCACUCUACCCCCAUGAAAGGUACAAUCUGCAGUUUAUUCACUUGUCUUCAAGUGAUGAUCCCAGAAAGGAACAUGGGGAAAUCUUUCCUCCGCCCCCAUUCUCCUGGCUUACUUUCUUCUUCCCAAACGUCUCCCUUCCUGAAUUGUAGAAUAUCUACUCUGUAUAACACUACAUAUUCACCUCAUGUUUUUUGGAAGUGCAAAAUCUCAAUUUGUGUCUGUUUACAGCUCUCUCUAUUCACUGCUCACAGCAAAGGGGUCUGUAUCAGUGGCUUGUAUUUCGCAGCCGAUCAGAUGUUAAGGCGAGCCCCCAGUAUUGGCCCCGGUCCGAACCCGACGCCACUUCCUGACAGCGGAGGCACAUGGUACAAGUCGUGUGACCUUGUGAUUAGGGAGUCGGCUCCAAGUCUGCCUUAGAAUUAAAUUUUCCAAAGUACAUUACAAAUCUCCAAGACCGUUAGGGGAAAGGAGAGGGUGUGGCUUGUCUUUGAAAUCAUGGUCAAUACUUUUAGACAAUUUAAUUAGUCCUGCUGGUUGCAGGGCUGUGUGCUCCGACAGCAUCGGCUUGUGGUAUUUCUUCCCUGUUCUUUGUACCACCGGGUCAUUAUCUGGCCGGGGUAUGUAAGUGGUGCUGAUAUGUGGCCACCAGAACGGGGGGGCGGGGAAACGAGGGUUGAGGGUGCCUGCUGUAAGCCGUGUUCUUUUGUUGAAAUCAAGGCGAUGCUGGGGAAGCUGUUUUUAGUGAACAACGAAUUUAUGUGACUCUUGUAAACCAUGUCGAUGAAUGUGCAAAUAAGACGAAUAUGAAAAACUGCCAUCCAACAGGUGUUGGUAACCAGACGGUACCGUGUAUAUUAUACCGUGUAUGUGCCUACAUGGGUGUCAUUUCUCACAGGGUAUGUGUAGAGAGGUAGAUCAUGCAGGAGCUCAUAGAAGAAUUUGUUUUGGGUUCUGCACUUGGAUCAUGUGUUAAACUUUUCCUUCCUCAAUAAAUGAAUUUUAUUUUUUAUUUUUGA